AUGGGAACGGAGGAGGUGGAGGACUUCGAAAUCGAUAUGGAAGUAGAUACGGAAAAGUUGGAGGUAUUCGGGACGAUCAUCACGGAGGUGAAGAUGGAAGGGCGAGUGCCGGCGUCGUCCCACCUGGUGUAUGACUGCUCGCACGGGGAAUGGCUGCUAGCUCAAAUGGCGUACGACCGGAAGAUUCGCCUCUUCUCGAGCAGGUCGGUUCGGCAGCUAUUGAGCAUCUCGUCGUCAUUGCCGGACAACUCGCGGUUUAUCUUUUCGGGGGCGCUUAUACCGAAGCAAAUCAAACGUAUUUUGAAGAUGAAAGGACUCAGCGCUGUUGUGGCCAGAGACGCGGAGAGUGUGGUGGCGAUGGAGGAGUCCAUUGAUGCGGAGCGAAAGCGUUUGGCGGCGAAAGGACUCUCCAGAAUAAGUCAAUCUCGUGAGCGCUAUUUGCUAGAAAAGGGGGGCGGCGAAAACGGAGCCAAUCAACGGGGACCAGUGGGAAGUUUGGUUUCCGGCUUGCGCACGUUUGUCCGAAUACAGGAAGGGCAGUCAGUCGACGAUGUGGCCGAAAUCGUCAACACCAUCGAACAAACGUGCCGAAACAUUUCGGUGGUUGGGCUGUGGGGAGGCGAUAUGGACCCGGAGACGUGUUUAAACAUGCUCGAGGCCGUCCGUACAAAAUCCGGCAUAUCCAACCUAAGGGUUGCAAUGGAGCAUCUUGGCCCCAAGAGUGCAGGGUGGUUCACGGGGUUACGUGGUGCAAGAAGAGGGCCGAUAAUGUGGACGUUCAACUACGAACUGUGA